AUGUCACAUAUGAACAUAAAUAAUAAAAAUAAUAUAUUUGAUGAAAAUUAUGAGGAUAGUGAUGAAGAUGAGUAUUUUGAAAUAAAAAGUAAAUUAGAACACUCAGAAGAAGAUGAGGAAAAUGGAGAUGAAGAAGAGGAAGAAGAAAAUGAGGAAGAAAAUGAGGAAGAAAAUGAAGAAGAAAAUGAAGAAGCUGAAGAAGCUGAAGAAGUAAAUGAAAGUUAUUUAUCAAACGAAAAAUUAGAAGAAGAUAUAUUCAAUGAAAACAAUUUAUUACAUGCCAUAAAAACUAGAGAAGUUUUAGAACAAGAAAUUUUAGUUCUUUUUCACAAUAUGUUAAAAAAAGAAACAGUUCUAAAUAAAGAUAUGAAAAGUAAUUUAAAUGAUGGUUUGACAUCAUUUAAAGAUUAUUAUGAAGAUAAAGAGUUGAAAGAAUUUGAAAAAUCAAAUUUAAAAAUAAAAAAUAAAGAUGUAUUUAACUUCAUAUACAAAAAAAUGAAUUUAGACGCAAAAGAGAAAAAAAGAGAAGAGAAAAAUAAAGAAAAGAUUUUAUUAGAGGAACAAAUAAUAAAAUGUAAAAGUAUUGAAGACCUAGAAAAAGAUCAUUAUAUAUUGGAUACCAAUGUGGUAAAUAUAUUAAAUGAUAUUAAUACGUAUUUAAAAAGAGAAAGAGAAUAUUUGAAUAGAAAAAUUGGUAAUUAUAUAGAUUCCACUUUUAAAAAUCCAAUGUAUGUUACUCUGUACAUUUUUAAUAAUCAAAUAUUAAAAGAUACCAUAUUACAAGUGAUAAAUAUAAUUAAAAAUGAGUUCGAUAAUGCUAUAUAUAAAGAUAUUGAUGAAAACUUAUUAAUAAAAAAUAUUUUAAUUUUAAUAAAUUAUUUAACUGCUAGACCAAGUAAAGAAUGGUUUGAAUAUUGGCAAAGACAUAUGCCUACAUUUAAUAACAAAAAAAGUGAUUACAAUGUUUACAAUUAUUUGCAAAUAGAAAAAAAUGAAAGAAAAAUAUUUUCUAAUACUUUAAAAAAUGAUAUAUAUAUAAAAGAAUUACAAAAAAGAUCUAAUAUAUUAGAGCAAUAUCAAAAAGGUUUACAAAGUUUAAAAUGUUUGUUAUCUAGUAAAAAUUUUUUAAGUAUUCUUAAUGAAUUCAGAUAUAACUGCCAAUUAUUUAUUGAUGCAGAUUAUAGAGGUAUUGAAGAAAACGAAAAGGUAGUUGAAAUGCAAAGAAGAGAAAAUGAAUUAAUUGAAGAAAAAAAAAAAUUAAAAGAAGAGAUGAACUCUUACAGAGAACAGUCAACAGAAGAUGAAACAAGUGGAAGUGAUAUAACUGAAGAUGAUAUAAGUAAUGAAAAUGGUUUAAAUAAAGAUGAAUUAAAUAGUAAAAAUGAUUUAAAUGAAAAUAAUUUAAAUAAUGAAGAUAAUCUAUUUAAUGAGAGUAUUAAAAAGAAGAAAAAAAAAAAUAUUAUAAAAAAUAAAAUCAUAAAUAUUAAAAAGAGAAUAGAACAUAUAAAUACUGAAUUGUAUGAAAUUUCUAAUUUUUUUUUAGAAGACAAAAAAAAAAGAGAAAAAUUAAUAUAUGAAUACAAUCAAAAUAUAUGUUUGGUAAGAAGUAUAUUAACACAAGUAUUGGGAAUAAGAAGUACAAGAUUAACAAAAGGCAUUAAUUUAAAUAAUGUUCAUUAUUCCAUCUUACAAAAUAUUUUAGAUAAACAUAGUUCUUUAAAUUUAAUAGUUGAUGAAAUGAUACGUUUAUUUGAAAAAGAUAUAAAAAAAUACGAAAAUGAAAAGAAUAUACACAUACCAUAUUUAAAACAGAAUACCAUGAGGGAAAUAUGGGAGUAUAUUAGACUGUUUUAUAAUGUUAUAUGUUAUAUAGAUCCUAUUGAUUUGGUUAAAUCAUUAACUUAUCAAAAAAAUAAAGUUAAAAAUACAAAAUGUGAUAAUAUGAAUGAUGAAAAGGAUAUAAAUGAUAUAAAAAAUAUGCACAAGAAAAUAAAUGAAGUAAAAAGAAUCAGUUUAAAUGGUGACAUAAAAAGAAAAAGUGCUACUAACAAUAAAAGAAAUAGCUUUUUAAAUAAAAAAAAAAACAAUUUAAUGUUAAUGCAUUUAUCAAGAAUAAAUCCAUUAUUAGCUAAAGAAAAAGUUAGGAAGCCAAAUGAAGAAAAACACAUGAAAAAAAAAAAAAAAAAAUUUAUAGAAAGGAAAAAUUUAAUAGACUAUUAUGAAAACUUUUCUUUCGAGGAUUUGUCGUUUAAUAUAUUCUCAGAAGAGAAUUCUUUUAAAAAAUUUAAUAUAUUAGAUAUAUUUGAUCAUGCAAAUUUAUAUAAAAUACAAGAGUUUCUUAAUAGUAUUAUAGGGAUAAAUGAUGAAUUUGAAAAUAUUUAUGAUAAUGAUGAUGAUUUUAAUUAUUCUCUAAAGGUUUUUUUAAAUAUAUGCAUUAAAGAUUUAAGAAGGUGUAUAAUGGAAUAUUACAAUUAUCAGUGGGAUAUUAAAAUAAUUUUGAACAUCCACGCAUGGAUAGUUACUUAUUAUACAAAUUUUUAUAUUUAUGAAAAUAAAAAAAGAUUAUAUAAUUCUAGAAAAAAAAAUUGGAAAAGAGAAAUUGAAGAAAAAGAAAAGGAAAAAGAUUUCAAUAUCAAUGAAAAUAAUCAAAAAGAGGAGCAUACAAAUGCUUUAUUUAUAUCAAGAAUUCAAAUGCUUUUGGGUAUGCAAAUGUAUAUUGGUGAUAAUAGUAUACAUUCAGAAUUUUUAUGUGAAACUUUCCAACGUUUAAUAAGAGAAGAAAAAAUGAGAAAAAAUAGUAGUAAAGUAAUUCUGUGUUGUCUAAGAUGCUUAUAUGCUGAUUUAAAUUUAAUUGAUAUACAUUCAUUAUCAACUGAUGAUAAUGUUAAAUCUAUUUGUAAAUCAUCAUUAGAUAACUUCUUAAAGAGAAAUAUCCUAAGUACAUUAAGUUGGAUAUUAAAAAAUUUUAAAAUUAUGAGUCAUGAAAAAAAUAUUUUCUUAUAUUCUUUAAAAUGCUGUUUAUUAAUAAUACAGUUAUUAGAAAAAUUAGGAGGAACUACAUAUAUUAUUAAGGAAGAUAAAAAAAUUCACGAUGAAGAUGAAGAUGAAGAAUUUAAUGAGAAUGAAAAGUUGAAAAGUAAUAAUUAUGAUGAAAAUUAUUAUAAUGAUUCUAUGGAGAAAGUCGUUGUUUCAGAUUUAAUUGAAGAAAUUUAUAGUGGAAAAAUAGUAAAUAUAUGUAUGCAGAUUUUAGAAAAUUUUAAAAGAAAUAGCAUAUAUAUAAAUGAUUUAAUCAUUACUUAUUUUGAACAUUUAAUAAAACACAAAAAUAAUGAAUAUAACUUUCUAAUAUUUUUUGAUAUAAAAUAUUUUUUAAUUUUUAAAGAAAUUAUAAAUGAUGAAGAAUGUUAUACAAAUUCUCAAUAUUUUUGGAUAGCUGUAUUUUUUGAAAAUAUAAUUCGAUGUUUUUUUAAGCUGUGGAAUACCAAUUAUUUUAUAGCUACUGAGUUGUUUUUUAGUAAAGAUAUGAAUAAAAAUAUUUCCAGUUUACUAAAUGAGAAAUAUAUGUUAUCAAUUUUUAGUAAUUAUAAUGAAGGAAAUGAUAAUUUCAUAUAUGAUGAAUUAAAUAAAGGGAUGAAUAUAAAUGACAUAUUUAUUGAAUUAAAUAGUCGCAAAAGAUUAGAAGCACUAGAAUGGUCAAAAGAAGAUAUAGAAAAUUUGAAAAUUUAUUUUAAACAAUUUAAACAUAUGCAUAACUUUUUGCCUUUUAUUAGUGAGAUGUUAAAUAAAUCAACAAACACAGUAAAAAAUCAAUUGAUUUAUUUAAAUUAUAUAGACAAAAGAGGUAAUGUAAUAGAUGAAAAUGAAUAUUUAUCUUCUUCUUCAUAUUCUUCUUCGUCUAAAAGUUCUUCUGUUAAAUCUUUUUUAUCUAAGGAAAAAUCUCCAUUAAAAAAAGAUGAAAGUAUGGAAAGUGAAGAAGAAAAAGAGGGAUAUAUAAAAAGAAAAGCAAAGCAACCUUUGCUUUAUACCAUUUAUAGACUAAAAAAAUUAAAUGAAAAUAAAAAAGAUAUUUCUAAUUUAACUAAUAAUGAAAUUAAUUGUAAUGUUGAUAAUGUUUUAGAAGAAAUUAACACUAAUCUAAAAUCAUUGUAUGAGUUAAAGAAGUUAUCAAAAAAUAAAUUUUUCACUCAUAAAGCGUUAGUAUUUGAUAUUCCAUUAAGCAUAUCUUCUGAUUUAUUAGAACAUCAUUAUUUUAAAAAAUUAUUAAAAUUAAUAGGAUUUCUUUAUAAUGAAAAUACAGAUGAAUGGGCAUUAGAUGAAAAUUUAGAUAUCGAUAUUUUUAGAAAAAUUGUCGAUAAAUUUGACGAAUUAUACCAAUUAUCACUAGAAGAAAUACAAAACAAUCUAUAUAAUACAAAUAAAAAAAAGAAUGACACUGAUGAGAAAAAGGAAGAAUGCGAUGAAAAAGAAGAUACAGAAGGGGUAUUUAAUGAAUAUAAAAGUCAUGGAGAGACUCGAGAAUUUAAUACAUUUGAGAAUGUAAAAAAAAGUAAUAGAAAUGAAUUUUUGGAUGAAGAGGAAUUACAUAUGCUUCAGUCUCCUAAAUUGAAGGGAACUUUUAAACUAUUAAAAUUAAUGUAUGAAUUUUUUAUUUCUAACAAUGAUGAAUGCAGGUUAUUUUUUAAUAACUUAAUAAAUAUAAUUGAGGAAAAAUGUUGUAUAUUAUUUGAAAAAAAAAGACAAAAUGAAAAUUUGAAAGAAAUGAAAACAGAUAAUUUAAAUGAUAUUGAAAGUAAUAAUAAUAUUAAUACUGAUGAAAAAGAAAAUUCAAGGAAUACUUCUUUUUUAAAUAAUAAUAAAGAAUCUAACAAUUUAAAUUUUGAAAACUAUAAAAUAUAUUUAGAUGAAAAUCAGAAAGAUAUUCUUAAAACUUGUUAUAGUAAAGAAAUUUUGGAAAAUUUACUAGAAUAUUUAGGAAUUUAUAUUUCAAAAUUUCAACAUUUAAUUAUUUCAAAAUAUAUAAAUGACAAAGAUUUUUUUGAAAGAAUUAAAGUGAUUAAUAAUUAUAAGACAUUAGGGAUACAAGAGAUAGAAAAUAUAAUAAAUAAGAAGGAAGAAGAAAUAAGGGAAAAUAAGAAAAAAAAAAAGGAUAGAAAGCCUUCUGCAAACCAGAAAUUUGAAUUUAUAAAAAGUAUAUGUGAGUAUUUAAAUCAAAAAUAUUUAAAUAACUUAAUAAGUCAAGAUAAAUAUAAUCAAACAAAUUUAAAAGAAAUAUAUUUUGGUGACGAUAAAAUAUUAACAUAUCUUUAUGAAAAAUUGAAUUCAUGGAAUAAUAAAAGAAGUAAAAAAAAUGAUACAGAUAAUUUAAUUUUAGCUAUAUAUGAUAUAUUAAAGAGUGAAUAUACUAUAAAUAGUAAUGAUAUGGAUUAUAAUGUUUUAAAUGAUUUUGUAAAUAAAAGUAUGGAUUUAUUGUCUCUUUAUGUUAAAAAAAUAUGUUUAUCUUUAAAAGCAUUACUUAUGGACGAUUUAAGUAUGGUUUGGAAAAAUGAUGUACAAAAAGAAUGGUUAAAAAUAAUGUUAAAACUGUUUUAUAAUAUUUUGUAUGAUAAUACUUAUAAUACAAUAGGAAAAUUAUUUAAAGAAUAUAAAAAUAUUAAAGAGAUUUUGAAUGAUGAUUCAUCUGAUUUUUUAGAUAAACAGAAAAUUAAUAAAAAAAGUUUAGAAAAAAGGAAAGAUUUAUGUGACGAAGAUGAAGUAAAUGAACAGGGAUACGAGAAUGAUAAAGGAGAUGAUAGUAAUGAAAAAAAUUAUGGAGAAUAUAAAAAAGUUGAGGAAAAAGAUGAUAAAAAAGAUGAGGAAAAAGAUGAUAAAAAAGAUGAGGAAAAAUACGAAAAAAAUGAAGAUGAAAAAAAAGAAAAACUAGAUGACAUAAAUAAAGAGGAAAAUGAAAGAAAAGAGGAGAAUACAAAUGAAGCUGAAAAAUUAAUUAUUAUAAAAAAUAAAAAAGAUGAAAAAGAUAAAGAUGAGACACAAGAUUCAUUUCUUUAUUCUGAAAAUAAUUUGAUUUGCAAAGAAAAUGAUAUAAAUGAAACUAGUUUAAAGAAAGAGUUAUCAAAUAAUAUAAAUGAUACUUGUUCAAAUAAAAUAAAUAAAUGCGAAAACAUUUAUUUAUCACAAAAAAGGAAAAUAGAUGAUUUAGUAAUAGAGGAUUAUUUUCAUUUUUUUAAAAAAAGAAAACUAGAAAAUACUUAUAUUAAUACAUACAAGAAAAAUAGAAAAAUUAUUAUUGAUUCCUUAUUGAAAAAUAAAAAUAUUUUCCAAUAUAAAGAAAAUGAUAUUAUCAAUAAAGUAAAGCAAGUUUUCAUUAUGGCUAAACAGAUGGCUAUUAAUGGGGAAUUAAGAAAUCGCUGGAAAUCCAGAGAUGAUGUAAAAAGAAUGCUUUUGUUAUAA